AUGGCCAGUGACAAGAGAUUCCAGCGGACUGUGCAAGCUGUUGCAGAAGCUGUGCAAAUAUUUGCUACUGGAACAUUCGACUUUGCAGAGAGCAUCAAACAGAUAUGGGGACCGCAGACCCAGCCGGAUGCAGUGGAGACAUCGAACCACCUGCCGAUGGAGGGCAUACAGGAUGUCCGAGUGGCUGACCAACUUCGAGACAGAACACCAGUAUCCCAAGAUGGAGAUCAACUAGCGAUCAACUCCUAUAGUCAUCCGCCGUCUAUGACCUUGUAUGAUGGGGAGGGGGCGCUAGAAGUCCCUCUUGAAGCAAUCGUUCCACUGGAUAUGUCAAACACGCAACUCUCCAAUGAUAUGGACGCAGUAGCUAGGUCCCUCGAUGACGCUGUCAGAAGCUGCUACGAGUGCUUUGCGCGCUGGCAAGACGAAAGCCCAUUCCCAUCUUGUCUUCUUCCUGCGCUAGUGGCGCCGCCAUGUGAAUACUGCACGCGCAUGCAGAUUAAAUGUAAAAUGGCAAGUUGCACGAUGGGCAAUAUAAUUCCAGCGGAAGAGAUGAGGAAGAUGAUGCAACGCAAAAGAGAAGCGCGUCUUCAUCUUGCCUCACAAAAUGGCAAUGCCCCAAUGAAAAACGAGCGCUUCGAAGAUUUAGCGUACGAGACAUCCGAACCGCUCGGAAUGCCCUUAUCAUCCCCAAUUGUGGACGUACCGCAGCAGCAGGUCGGUUCAAAGCGAGCAUAUCAUGAUAUUGACGAGCAGCAACCUAUGUUCAAACGGCAGCGGUUACAGGAAUUGCAGCGAGGAAUAGUUCGGAAAAUAUCCGGAGGAAAAUGGGUUCAGCGAGAGGAACAAGAUGACCACGCAGCAGCGGCGGAAAACGGAGAGUCUUCAUCAUCAUCGGUAUCUUCGUUGCCAUCUGGAAGGGAAGCGUCGCAGGUUAAAAUGGCAACGAAUAGACAAGAAAGCUCGCCUAUCGAAACUUCAGAUCUGUUGCCAGUCGCGUAUAAAGUGACAGGCGAAAACGUGACACGCCUAGAGGGAGAAAACGAUGGAUCCUCGUCUUUCACGCAGAAAGAACCAGUGGAGGAUUCAUCAUCAGAAGAGGAUGACUCCUCCUCCUCCGAAGAAUCUUCGGACGAAGAGUCAGAGGACGAAUCUGAAGAGCAAAUAAAGCACCAGCUGGCACCAGAGGCAUUCUCGCAAGAGGAACGCGAAAGGAUUAUGAAAGAAGCUAUCCCUACCGAUGAUAUUGAGUCCGGAUCAUCCUCGUCUUCAUCGGAGGACGAAUCCUCGGAGGAAGAGUCAGAGGACGAAUCUUCCGAAGAAGACUCGGAGACGGAGACAUAG